CGAUCACACAAAGAAAUCCAAGGCACAACCACUAUGAAGAUCAUUCUCCUCCUCCUCAUCCUUGCACCCCUCUGCGUGUCCGUCACCGGCCGCCUCAAGUGCCCCGGCGUGCCCUACAACGGUGCUGUGGCGACCUGCUACCAUGGUUGCGGCACGAAGCUCAUCUACGACCUCUGCAUCAAGACGAUGCAGCAGGGCCACAUCGACCUAUCUCCGUCGCACAAAGAAGAGACCACCGCGUACGCCAUCCUCGUGCUAAGCGCCGCCGUGGAGUCCACGAGGACCACGUCGCACACGCUGACCUACCAGCUCCAGAAGAACGCGUCCAUCUCCGUCCAGGAAAGGGCGUUCUACGGGGCAUGCCUUAACGACUACGUCGCGGCGUUGAACUCCCUCGACCACACCCUCGUUGUGAUGCUGCCGAACUGCUUCUUUCAGGGGAUCAACGACGACUACCUGAGCGCGUUGGCUAGCCUGAAUAGUUGCAGGGAUCGGUUCAUAGGGCCGGUUAUGUACACGUCGCCGUUGUACCCCCUGGUUUUGGCCGACCGAAACAAGGCCUUGCUGGCUUACUCGCUUGGCAAGUUGCUGUUAUGAGUAUCGUUAGAUCUAGCGGCAACAUGUAGACAGAAGAGCGAUCAAUAAAUGCGGGAAUUGUCUACACAAA